AUGAAACUUGAUCUGGAUAUGUAUUAUUGGCUUGUCAAAAUAAAUGUGAUAUAAGAAUUACCAAUCAACAAUUUAUUUGCUCAUGUUGAUUAGAUAUUAGAAGAACAAUUUCUGAAUGGAAUAAUAGUUAGUCAAGUCCUUAAAUAAUUUGAUUAGAAGAUUGAUGUUGAUGUUAAGUAAGGUAAUAGUAACGGAAUACGAUUGUUUAAUUGGAAUAAUAUAUGUAAGAGUUUACAAUAGAUUAACAUAACAUUAGAUGAUGAUAUCAAAAGUACCUAAUAUCCAUAUCAGUAGUUUCAAUUGUCAAAGGAGAUUCUUAGAUGUUAAUGCAAUUUUUGAAAGAAUUAAAAUAACAUUAUGAUAUGGCAUUUUAUGUAGAAGAAUAAGUGAGUACAACAACUAGAUUCAAUUCUCAAUAAAAUGAGCCUUAAGAAAUUGGUAUUGAUGAAAUUGACCCUGAAAAGCCUCUUAAUUAAACACAGUCCCUUUUAGAAUUCAUCAUAGUUUCUCUUUGUAAACACUUUAACAUAAAGCCUAAAUAAGCAGUAGGUUUACUUAAUUAAAAUUAUAAAUAAUUAUCAAAUAUCCUGAUUAAAGGAAACAAAGGCUUUAAAAGUGUAACAAAUUGGUUAAUGGAAUUAUCUAAACAUAUUAAUCAUAUAAUUAAAUUUGUAACCUACAAAAUUGAUAUUUUGUUGUCUCUACUUAAAGCUGGUUUAGUUUCAUAAAAUGCAGAAGUAUGUUAUUGGACUUUAUAUAUAAUUGAAGGAAUUGUGAUAAAUCUUCCUUAAAAGGAAUUAUUGGAAGAUGUGUAUGCUUGGUUAAUAAGAGAACAUGGAGGUUUAAUAGUAUUGAUAUUAUCAUAAUAACGGUAUCAUCAAUAUUUGGAAUAAGUCUGUAAAAUAUAUAGUGUAGUUUCUUAAUAUAAUGUAUUUGACUUCUUUGAUGUACAAUUAAGAAAAAUAUUGAAAUCUGGUAAAGAGUAUAUAGAUUUUAUAAAUGGAAUAAUAUAAACAAUACAGAUUAGAGAUCAGAUGUAAGAACUAAAUCUUUUUGAAUUAUUUGCUUCAUAUGCUGUUAAAUUAUUUGAACCUUAACAUACUACUAUGGAGAGAAUGACAGCUCUAAAAUAUUUUGAGCAUUAUUGGGUAUUCUAUCCAUAAUAAUUUGUAAUCAAUCAAAUGGAAUAAUACUUAUUAAAUUCAAGGAAAGCAACUAGAGAAUCUAGUUUUGCAAUGAGAAUAUUUACUUAUCAAAGUUUAUUUAGAAUUUUAGAUAAUUUGGCUUUGUAAAAGGAUAAAUAUGCAGCUUUGUUAUAUAAGAAAUUAGUAUUUUCUUUAAUUGAAAACUUUGAUUAAAAAGAAGUGAGAGAAUUUUUGGUAGCCAAUUUUCUAAUGUUAAUUAAAAAAUAUUCAACAAUACCAAUUGAUAUUUUAAUAAUUCCUAUGGUGAAAUAACUAUAAAUUGAAUAAAAUGAAAUAUAAAUUAACAUAGUUGACUUUCAAUUAUUAAAAUCUGUUUGUACACAUCCAAAAAUUGAUGUUAAUGUGACUAUUUUAAUGCUUGAUAUGUUAAGUAAGUUAUAUUUAAGCUCUAUUAUGUUUUAUUAAUUGGCAUUUUAAUAGAUUUAAUUAUUAUUAACACGAUUUAUUAAAUCAAAUCCAGUUCAAGAAUUCACAUUUAAUCUUGUCAAAAUUGCAAUAUCUGAAUAUUAUGGCAACUAUUAAGAACAUAUAAAAAGUAAUCCUAAAUCCAUUUUGAAUAGAAAUCCAGAUGAAAAUAUAAAAAGAUAAUAAUUUAGAUCUUAAAUAAUAUCUUUAAUUAAAUUCAUUAUUAAUCUUAGAUCCUUUGAAUUAAAUGAAUUGAUUAAACCUGUAAUUGCUCAUUUCUAUUUGGAGAUCUAAUAGGUAUUUUGAAUAAUUACUAUUGAAUAGAAUUUAAAAACAGAAUCUAAAGCUUUAUUUAUGUUAUUAGGACAUUUUGGUGAUCCAUAAGAAAUUCUUUAAGAAGAAUAAAAAAAAUCUUAAUAAAUUAAUUAAUAAUCAUAAAAUCCUAUAUUUUAAAAUCAAAUUGUAAAAUCUUAAUUUUAGGGAUCUAAAGUAUACCAGGUCUAACAAAAUUUAAAUCAUUCAAAGUCAAAUAAAGGAAUUAUAUCUUAAAGAGAUGAUCCAUUUAAAGAAUUAAGAGAUGAAGCAACCAAACCAACUUUGACUAUGCUUGGUAACCUAUCAUUAAAUUAUGAUGAAUAAUCAUUAUUGAAAUAAUUUGAACUACUUUGA